AUGUUCUCUAAUAAACUCAGUCGUUUAGUGUUGGGAGUAUGUUUAAAAUCCACCCGUGUCCGUGGGGGCCCUCUGUCAGAGCUCAGCUGGGCAUCAGUACGUGAGCGUCGGUCACUGUGGCUGCGGAGAGGCGCUCUUACGGAGAAAAAUCGACAUGCUUUACCCUUUCUAACCAGUGUUGCUUCUGUGUCGCAGUCAACGGUGGACCCGAAUGAGGUGAAGAGGUUCCGGUCUCUGGCCAGUAAAUGGUGGGAUGAGGAGGGAGAGUUUGCAGCUUUACAUGCCAUGAAUGACCUGCGGGUGCCCUUUAUACGAGACAAUUUGCUGAAUGUUCACGAAGGACGUCAAACUGGAAAACCCCUUGCCGGUCUCAAAAUAUUGGAUGUCGGGUGUGGCGGUGGCCUGCUAACAGAGCCCCUUGGUCGCCUGGGUGCUUCUGUCCUUGGUAUCGAUCCGGUGGAAGACAGCAUCGGCACUGCCCAACUCCACUCAUCCUUCGACCCAGACCUCCGCCACAGCGUCCGCUACCGGGCCUGCACCCUGGAGGAGCUCACCUCUGAGGGAGCAGAGGCCGAUCCCGAGGCUCAGGGCAGGUUUGACGCCGUAGUUGCAUCGGAGGUGGUUGAACAUCUGGCCGACCUGGAAACAUUUGUUUACUGCUGCAGCGACGUGAUUAAGCCUGGGGGUUCACUCUUCAUCACCACACUGAACAAAACCAACCUGUCCUGGUUACUGGGGAUUGUGGUGGCGGAAAAUGUGCUUCGGAUUGUGCCUCAAGGGACUCACGAGUGGGAGAAGUUCAUCUGCCCGGAGGAGCUGGAGCGCCUUCUAGAGUCCAACGGCUUCUCCGUGCAGUCUGUCAAAGGAAUGCUUUACAAUCCAAUCACAGGAGCCUGGAGCUGGACCGACAGUACAGCCAUCAACUACGGCCUUCACGCUGUCAAACUGGGAGAUCAUCUUCCCCGGCACCAGACUGACGAAGACCCUCUGCCCCCACAGGACGGGACAGCACUGAGCUGA